CUCCCUCACUGGUGUGAAUUAUGGAUCAGAGAAACAAACCUUCACCACUGAGAUGACUCGAGAGUAUUCAGGAUCCGUCACUGAGAGCUUCAACUUUAGCAAUUCCACACAGAUUAGUGUGGGAACCAAAUUUGAAGUUACACUGUUUGGUGCCAAAACAGAGAACACCAUAAAUAUCAGUAACACCUUUACCGUGGAGAAGGGUCACAGCGAAACCAAAACCACAACUAACAGUGUUAAAGUCUCCUUGCCGGCCAGCAUUCCUCCUCACACCAAGCUCACGGUGAACAUGGUGAGGAAGCAGGUGUCUGUUACGGUUCCAGUCAAGCUGACCAUCACCACCGGCUUUACCACUAAGGUUGAGUAUGGAGAGUACAGGUGUGAGGAUGGGAAUUCUAUUCACGCUGAAUACAAGGAGGAGAAGAUCUAGUACAGCUAUGUGAGGAACAAAACACAGAGAAGAGUUAAUGUUGCAAAUAUUCUAAAAUAAUAGACAGCUUUUAAGCAAUUAGAAUUGAGAAAUUAGAGGUGGUGUAGUAUUAAAUAACUUUUAGAUAGCCACCUUCCAUGUU